AUGCUCUGCAAAGACAGGGUGUUUAAUACUCCAUUAUGUGAACAAGGGAUUGUUGGAUUUGGAAUUGGAUUAGCUGUUACUGGUAGUAAUGCUAUUGCUGAAAUACAAUUUGCUGAUUAUAUAUUCCCGGCAUUUGAUCAAAUUGUAAAUGAAGCAGCAAAAUAUCGUUACCGAAGUGGGAAUCAAUUUAACUGUGGGAAAUUAACAAUUAGAGCAACUUGGGGUGCUGUUGGACAUGGGGCAUUAUACCAUUCUCAAUCGCCUGAAGCUUAUUUUAGUCAUACACCUGGUUUAAAAAUUGUAAUUCCUAGAGGACCUUCUCAGGCAAAAGGACUUCUUCUUUCUUGUAUUGCAGAUCCAGAUCCUUGUAUUUUUUUCGAACCAAAGAUUCUUUACAGAAAUGCAGUUGAAGAUGUCCCCAUUGGAAAAUAUAUUUUGCCUUUGGGGAAAGCUGAGAUUGUUAGAGAAGGUAAAGACGUAACCCUUGUUGGUUGGGGUACUCAACUUCACGUUCUUAUGGAAACUGCUGAUUUGGCCGAAAAAGAUUUGGGUAUUUUAUGUGAAGUUAUUGAUCUUCAAACAAUAAUUCCUUGGGACGUUGAAACUGUUGCAAAGAGUGUAACAAAAACUGGCCAUUUACUAAUUUCUCACGAGGCCCCAAAAACUUGUGGAUUUGGGGCAGAAAUGGCAGCAACUAUCCAAAAGGAAUGUUUUCUUAAUCUUGAAGCACCAAUUGAAAGAAUUUGUGGUUGGGACACUCCUUUCCCUCAUGUUUAUGAACCUUUUUAUCUUCCAACAAAAUGGAGAUGUUUGGAAGCAAUUAAAAAGUUAAUUAAAUAUUAG